AUGUCAUACGGGAGAACAGACAGCUACCACCCGCAGCCGCGAGACUUCAGCAACCUCACCCAGACAUGCAGUGUCAACAUCCAGAAAAUCACACAGAACACUGUGCAGAUCAAAAACAUGCUGUACCAGAUGGGGACGAGACAAGAGACCCCAGAGCUGCAGGACAGACUCCAACAGGUACAGCACUACACCAACCAGCUGGCCAAAGAGACCAACAGACACCUGAAAGAUCUGGGCUCCCUGCCUCUCCCUCCCUCUGAACAGAGACAGCAGAAGAUCCAGAAGGACCGACUGAUGAAUGACUUCUCUGCAGCGCUCAACAACUUCCAGGCAGUCCAGCGACGGGUGGCUGAGAAGGAGAGGGAAUCAGUGGCCAGGGCCCGGUCCGGGUCCCGCCUCACGCAGGGAGAUGAGGGGAACGUCGAUGAACAACUUGUGACAUUUGAAAAAGAUGAUGAUGACUGGAGUCAGAGUCAGACCCAGCAGCUGGAGGAGCCAGAGGUCACAGAGGAGGACCUGGAGGUCAUCAAGGAGAGGGAGACCAACAUCAGGCAGCUAGAGUCUGACAUCAUGGAUGUAAACCAGAUCUUUAAGGACCUGGCAGUGAUGAUCCACGACCAGGGAGAGAUGAUCGACAGCAUUGAGGCUAAUGUGGAGAGUGCAGAGGUCCAUGUAGACAGAGGUACCGGACAGCUCCAAAGGGCCGCCAACUACCAGAGGAAGUCCCGUAAGAGGAUGUGUAUGCUGGCCAUGGUGGUGUCUCUGGUGGUCACCGUCCUGGCUAUCAUCAUCUGGCAGGCCAUCAAAUGAGAGGACAGGAAGAGUACCGGGGAAGGAUUUUAAUGGCACAUCGCACUGACAGCCAAGAAUGGCUUCCAAUGGAGCGUCUGAGUGAGUGAAUGUGUGUGUGCUGGUGUGCGUGCGUGCUUUCAAGCAAGAUAUAGACAGAAGCUUAAGGAAUAGAUUGUAUAAAUUCUCUUCCCCAUUUGUACAUAUUAUAUACUAACUGUUCUAACACAGCCCUGCACUUACUUCCAUGUCAGCCAUGCAAAUCAUCUCUGUCAUUAUUACAUACAUUACUGUGUUAGAAUAUGUCUGAUCUAAUGCAAUGUUGCACAAGUUUGUAUGUAUAUAAAUGCCAUGUGUACGGUUUGAUAUGGUUUAU